AUGGCUUCGGCGGGCAGCGGCAUGGAGGAGGUGCGCGUGUCGGUGCUGACCCCGCUGAAGCUGGUCGGACUGGUGUGCAUCUUCCUGGCGCUGUUUCUGGACCUGGGCGCCCUGCUGAGCCCGGCCUGGGUCACGGCUUACCACCAGUACUACCUGUCCCUGUGGGAGUCCUGCCGGAAGCCCGCCAGCCUGGACAUCUGGCACUGCGAGUCCACGCUCAGCAGCGAUUGGCAGAUUGCUACUCUGGCUUUACUCUUGGGCGGUGCUGCGAUCAUUCUCAUUGCAAUCCUGGUGGGUUUGAUUUCUAUCUGCGUGGGAUCUCGAAGACGCUUCUACAGACCUGUUGCUGUCAUGCUUUUUGCAGCAGUUGUUUUACAGGUUUGCAGCCUGGUCCUUUACCCAAUCAAGUUCAUUGAAACUGUGAGCUUGAAAAUUUAUCAUGAGUUCAACUGGGGUUAUGGCCUGGCCUGGGGUGCAACUAUAUUUUCGUUUGGGGGUGUCAUCCCUUAUUGCCUAAACCCUAAGAACUAUGAAGAUUACUACUAGAACAAAUAGUCUCAGA